GUACGAUUAAGAUAGAGGGCGCAACUAAUGUGAAUUGGUAUAUCGCAAAUAUCAACCAAACCACGUUUAUACGUGUCAAUUAUGACAUCGAAAACUGGAGGAAACUGAUUAAACAGCUGCUGAACGACCACGAGAUUUUUCCAGUUAGGAAUCGAGUACACCUCAUCGACGAUGCCUUCUAUCUCGGUGAGGCAUUGUACCUAGAUCACGUGAUUGCCUUGGAAGCAAUGGAAUAUCUUGACAAGGAGUCGGAAUACAGUCCCUGGCAGGCAUUUGUUGCUGAUCAGAUGUUUACAAAGUAUAUGAUCUGGAGAACGUCCGCAUACGGAUUAUUUGAGAAAUAUAUCCGCCAUUUGAUUACACCAAACUACAACAAUUUCGGAUGGGCUUUCGACAAUUUUACAAAGGAAAUUGACUACUAUCACAUGAGCGAAACCCUACGGACAGCAUGUUCUUACAGUCACGCCGACUGUAUAAAUGAAGCUACUGCGCAGUACGGAGAUUGGAUGGAAAACCCCGAUGAUAACAAGAUCGAAGAUAGUAUGAGAAAUACCGUCUAUUGCACAUCAAUACGAUAUGGCGGUGACGCGGAAUGGUCAUUUGCAUACAAGAGACAGAUGAAUGACACCGACGAACAAAGUCGUCUCCAAUCUGCACUGGCCUGCAGCAGGCAACCAUGGACACUAAAUAUGUACAUGGAGAAAGCCAUGGAUGAUGAAUCACUGAGUGUCACCUCUACCAUAGAAAAUGUUCGAGACAAUUCGGGACUAGGUUUUGAUUUAGCAUGGGACUUCACCAUGAACAAUUUUGAUUUCCUGCAUGAGAAGAAUUCAGAUGAAGCCUAUGACCUUGUAUGGUCAUUUGCAAGUAAAAUGAACACACAGAAUGAUCUUAAAAAGCUCAAUGCAUUUGGUGCGAAAUAUUACGAUAUGCCGGGCGAGACCGCCAACGACUUCUACAAGGCUGUACAAAGAGUGGAGACCAACAUUAUAUGGGCAGAUCGGAAUAUGAUGCAAAUCAAGUUAUUCCUACAAGCAGCCAUUCAGAAAAUCUCAGCAAUGAACGAAUAA